AUGGUUUCUUCAUCAACAGAAGAAUUGUUCGCUUGGGGUUCGUGCGAAGAAGGACAGCUAACUUUAGAUAAAAAUGAUGCCUAUCAGAUUCUUAUCCCGAAAGCAUUAGAUGUCCGGAAUCUACCAACAUUUAUACAAAUCACUUGUGGAUACGCACAUACAGUCUUUCUAACUGUUGAUGGGGAAGUAUAUAGCUGUGGGUGCAACGAGUUUCAGCAGUUAGGUCACGGGCAGUCUGGUGGUCAGUUAGCAAAAGUAGUUGCUUUAGAACACUACAGAAUAAUAAGUGUAGCUUGUGGAGCAUACCAUAAUGCUGCCAUUACUUAUAAUGGACUUUUAUUUACUUGGGGCUGCAACUCCAAUGGACAACUUGGUCGUGAAGGAGAUGACACAGGAGUUAGGCUAGUUCGAGCACUAUCAGAUCAUAAAGUUGUUCAGACAAAAACAAAGAAACAAAUAAUCGAUUGUUUACAAAUCACUAUAACAAUAAUCAUCUUUAUUGUUCUAGUUAUAUUCAACUGA